CGUACAAUCUCCGCGGACGGGAAGGCCGGCCGGGAUUUCACGAGUCGCAGCUGCCGAGCGUGGAAGUACGACCGCCGGAACAGUGCUUCGAUGUACGACAGGCGACGGGCCGACCGCCAGCUCAAGAUCCGGCUACUCCAGGCUGAAGUGGUGGAGACUCUCCUGUAUGGGUGCGCCUCGUGGAGCCUAACAGCGGAGCACUACACGAAGCUCAAUGGGACCCACCGCCAGUUCCUCACACGGUGCAUCGGCUGGAGCAAGCGGAAACGCUCAGACCGCCCCCUGUCCUAUGCCCAGACCCUUAUCCAGACAGGCUGCGAGGAAACCAUCGAGGCCACCAUGCGCAAACGGAGACUGUGUUUCGCGGGCUUUGUUAUGCGCAUGGAGGACAACCGCCUCCCCAAGCGCAUGCUGUUAGGAGCGAUGGCGGGGGGCGUGGGAUACCGGGGCGGGCAGGAGAGCGACUGGGUGUCUCGUCUAGGAGAGGACCUCGUGGCCUUCAAUAUGAGAGACGAAAAGGAAGGGGGUUAAUGGAAAGAGAGCGCCAAGGACCCGGAGGUGUGGUACAACAAGGUCGAGGACGGGGCGGCAUGGUUCAUGAGGAAAUGGCACAGGCAG